AAAUGAGCUGGAUUCGAUUGUUUGGGGUAUCAGACUGCUUUUUCUUUCAUUCAUACAAAAGCGUAAAAAUCCAAGUGAGCGAGGGAGAGUGAAAAUCGGAGAUCUGAAAAGUGAGAUGGCAAGAAGAGCGGAUGAAGAGUACGAUUACUUAUUCAAAGUAGUAUUGAUUGGGGAUUCAGGUGUUGGUAAAUCAAACCUCCUUUCUCGUUUCACCAGAAACGAAUUCUGCUUGGAAUCUAAAUCCACCAUCGGCGUUGAAUUCGCUACUCGUACUCUCCAAGUUGAAGGAAGGACGAUAAAGGCUCAGAUAUGGGAUACAGCAGGCCAAGAGAGAUACAGAGCUAUAACUAGUGCAUAUUACAGGGGUGCCCUGGGAGCACUUCUGGUUUAUGAUGUUACAAAACCGACAACCUUUGAAAAUGUGAGCAGGUGGUUGAAGGAGUUAAGGGAUCAUGCAGAUGCCAAUAUUGUGAUCAUGCUUAUAGGUAACAAAACGGAUCUGAAACAUCUUAGGGCUGUUGCUGUAGAAGAUGCACAAAGUUUUGCAGAGAGAGAAGGUCUCUCGUUCAUUGAAACAUCUGCCUUAGAAGCUAUAAAUGUUGAGAAGUCCUUCCAAACGAUUCUUGGUGAGAUAUACCGAAUUAUAAGUAAAAAGUCUAUAUCAGCCGGCGAGCCAGGACCUGCUAGCAUCAAACAGGGUGAGACCCUUGUUGUAGGAGCACAAGAUGCAAAUACAAAGAAGGCUUGCUGUUCUUCCUCUUAAACAUUUUGGUUAAAAACUUGUUUCAUUUGUCUUGUCAAAUUGGAACUUUUUUGGUACUUGUGUUGUUUAGCCAGGUAUAUGAUGGAUUCAAGUUGAAUUUAUUUUGAUGUCUUAUUGCUAUUCAUGUUUACAA